UUUUGGGAAAAUACAAAUAUGAAGAUAAAGAUGCUUGGAUCCCUGUUUAUAGUUCAGUUUCUAACAGUGAUAGUCAAUGGACAGUGCUGGAGUAAUAGUACCUGUGCCUGUCACUGUGUAGACUGUAACACAACCUGUACAGAAUGUCUGCCUAGAUGGAGUGGUUCUACUAAUAACAAAUGUCAAAGAGCUAACACUUUAUAUCAAGGUCAUGUCGAAAAUGAUAUGAAUUAUCAAACACUAGAUGGUGAUGUUAAUACUUCUGUAAAGGUUUCUUACGUCCAUCCAUAUGUAAGAGUCAAAUUAAAAAAGUCUACAGAAAUUGAUAGAAUACACAUUACCCUCCAGCUUCGUAAGUUCUUUUUAAAUAUGAAUUUAUUUCUAAGACCCAAUUCAUAG